AUGGCUUGUAACUCCUGGUCUGCAGCAAUUAAUAAGGAUAAUGAAGUCGAUAACACAAAUAUUUCUGAUUUGCAAACAUCAGCUACAUCGGCUAAAUUUGUGAAUCUUGGUAGCCUAUUUGGUUAUGGCAAUAACGGUUAUCCCAACUACAAUAGACCCAAUUAUUAUCCAAAUUAUAAUACAAAUGGCGGCUUUUAUCCCAGUACCGGAAAGUAUCCCAUAACAAACAACGGAGGCUAUUAUCCAAAUAACAACUAUUAUCCCCCAACAACUGGAACAGGUACUAAUAUUCUAGGCGGUUCAGGUUAUGGAGGUUAUGGCGGCUAUGGAGGUAAUGGUGGUUUGCAACAAUACUAUGGCUACUUGGAUCCUAACUAUAGCGGCAGACGUAAUCUGGGUUAUGGUUAUUAUACUAACACCAACAGCUAUGGCUUGCCAAAAACCACCAACGAUCAUUAUGGUAGCCGGGAAAGAGAUCGUGUGACUUAUAGCUAUAGGGGUUAUGAAUGAAAAUUUUAUAAAUUAGCUACAUAAUUAAUUACUAAUCAGAUACAUACAUAAAUUACUCACUGGGUACUUUAUGUAGUUAAUUGUGCGUUUGUUAGAAUUUAAUAUGUCUUGCCUUAUUGUAAAUUCUUUUAAUCACUUGAUGUCUAAAGACAUGUUGUUUGUUAAGAUUGAUUACUUCUAUUCAGUGAGUCAUUCAUUAAUUUUGCAUGCCUAAUUUAAUUUAAAUUCAAUUGUCAUACAUAUGUACAUUUUAGACACAUUUAAUUUGUUGUUUUUGAUUUUUUUUUUAUAUUUUUCGUUGAUGUGAAAAAUUAAGCAACUAAUUAUUGUGUCAACUUUUGUUAAGAACAUGAAAAUAAAACUUGUCAUUUUUGUUAAAAAAAAAAAUUUAAUAGAUUUUAGAAC